CGUGAAUCCGGAAGGUGUUCAUUUUGUGGGGAAGUAGAAACUGCUUUGCACGUAAAUAAUGAUUGUAGCAAAUAUUGGAGAGAAAGAGGAACAUUGAGAGGAACUUAAAGUUCACAAAAUUUUGACGAAAUCAUCAGGGCAUGAAGAGGCAUGAAAUUUGUCAUACGUUACAACCGGGCUGAUUCAUAGAAUUAGAUUUCAAUUUUGUAUAUAUUUUUUUGGAAUCGCAAGUAGUCGCCUCAGUUCACACUCCACGUCAGUGGGUGGAAUGCACCCUUUGCUGCUUUACGUCCGCCCAUAAACGUAAUCGAAGAAGAAGAAGAUCAACAUGUUACUGGAUAUAAUGCAGAUGAACGAGGGAGGAGGAUUCGUCAUAAUCCAAGAUACGGCGGAUUGCAAUGGGCGACAGCUUCUGAAGGGCUUUGUUAAUGCUGCACUAAAACGGGAAGAAGUCGUUCAUGUGCUGGGGUUCGAUGUUUGCGAGAACGAGUUUCGUGCUGGAUUGGACAGCAGAUGCACACAAAAACUUUGCUUUCAUGAUGGAUACACGGACCCCUUGGGCUGGACUGAAUGUCCACCAUUCACAGUCAACCAAUUCAUCCCUCAGGAGAUCAACACAUGCCUCAGACAGUCUGAAGAGCUGAAGGAAGUGAUACUUGUCAUUGAUUCCUUAUCUUGGAUUUUGAGACAUCAUUCCCCUGCCGUUGUUUGCCAACGACUGCAGGAGCUGAGGAGAGGGGGAGCUUUGAGAAGUAUUCUGGCAUUACUGCACUCUGACAUGCACCAACAAGGCAUUGUGGGUAGCUUGUGCCACCUAGCUACUGCAGUUAUCUUGGUGACUCCUGGGAUGAGUGGACAGCAUACUGUUGCCAAAACAACAAGGCGCACAAAAUCAGGCAGAGUUACUCGAGAGGAGGAGUACUUCAGCGUUUCAGAGGACCUUACAGUCAGUAUAGAAGCACAGUCCAGCCGUUCUGUUGACAUGCAGGAAGAACCAGAACAAUAUGAGACAGAUCCUGCUGCAAACUUGACCUUUAACCUCCGUUUGUCAGAAGUUGAGAGGGAGGCUAAGGAGAAACUGUCUCUACCUUUUGUCUUCAGUCAAGAGAAGAAGUCAGCUCUCCUUCAACCUCGCCGUGGUGCUGGGCGGAUCCUCUAUGAACCUGACGCAAAUGAUGAUUUUGACCAGGAGGACCCCGAUGAUGAUCUGGAUGUCUAAGAAAGGAUACUUGCAAAGUGUAUGACUCAACUUAAUUUGGGGAGAACACUAUUCUUGCCAGACAGGCAGAGUUAGUUUUCAACAUGGUACAAGGAUAUCGUAUACAAAAUAGUACUUCACAUAUCGUGGUUGGCUUAACAUGAGUGGAAAUCUCAGAAGGAAUUUUGCUAGUUCACCAGUCUGUGGUGUUAUGAUCCACACUGCACAAAUUUUUAUUUUAUACAAAUAUUAUAGUGGAUCUGUUAGAUGAUUUUUGUAAGAAUAUCUACAUUUCAUUGCUAUCCUAUUUCAUGUUUGUAUGGAAUGAUGCCAAUGUUUUUAAAAUAUUUUUAUCUUAGUAGUUGUAAAAAGCAUAUUGCAUAUGUACUUCAUUUGAAAUGCUUUUUUCAUGUGAAAAUACAUGAGAAAGAAAAGGAAAGAGAAUAAAUAUGGAUAUGCAUGGAUAUGUACUGGCAUGGAAUGAUAAUAAAAUGCCUUUAUUCACCAGAAGA